GUGAGAAAACGUGAUCGCAUGUUUAGGACCAAAUGAGAUGGCUCGCCAAGAAUGAGGCUCAAAUUUCAGGAACACGUCGACAGCUUCUCUUUCCCCCAAGAGUUGGUCUUGUCUUCUUUCUGCCACAAAAGGCUCCCCUACCCAACGAUUUAACCUACAACAUGGCACCUUCGAUAACUUCUGAGAAGCUCACACUUUCAUACCCACUGUUCGGCGCAUCCUUUAUCGAUGCUGACCGCUUGCUUGUUGCUGGUGGGGGGGGCGAAGGGCGUAGCGGUGUUGGUAACAAAAUUACGGUGCUAGAUACCUUGACGAAGCCGGGAAAACCUUUAACGGUGACGUCGGAAAUCGAACUUAGUAAAGAUGAAGACGCCGUCAUGUCGCUCUCAGCUCUGAGCACCUCGUCGGGAGUCAAAGCACUCGCUGGAAUUAACUCUUCUCAAAAAGCCAAGUCGAACGAACAUUUCCGGGUCUUUGAUGUUCCGAAAGAAGGCGAGAUCAGUCUUGCUUCCAAGCACGCAUUGUUCAGUCACCCAGAUGCAGAGACGUAUCAGCGACUGGUCCGUGUCGACGGGGAGGGAAAAGCGGCGGUUAUCGCGAGCGGGAGUGGGCUGGCGCCGGCUUCGGCGUCGGAGGUUGUGAUUAUUGAUGUUUCCUCCUUGAGCGUGAAGCGGCGGAUACGAUUGCCUGGGAAGGAAGAGGUUGGGGACGUGGAUAUAUCGAGGGACGGGAAACGAGUGGCAUAUUGCUCACCGGGGGACAUCUACAUCGCAUCUACGGAGAAGGAGGAGCAGCGCUUAGAACCUAUCGCCUUGAAAUGGAAGAGCUCAGACAGGCCGAAGGGCAGCUUCCGGUCCGUUCGGUUCUCCAACAACGGUGGACUGGCGGUAGUGUACAAUCUUUUCGGACGCUCGGGUGCCAUUAUACUACUCAUCGAUCCUUCGGGGGAAGUCAUUUCAAGACGAAACGUACACUGCGGGGUAAAAGCAGUUACUAGCGUGGACUCCUUAAUGCUCUCGCCAACUAGCACACUUCUGGCCGUCGCUGGUGCAGACAGAAGCGUCCAACUAUUCCUUGUCGGAGGACAAAUUAAGGCAGUCAAAACUUUCAAAGAUGUGCAUCCCUUUCAAAUUACCAAACUUGCCUUCUCACCUCUCCCAUCCUCCGGCACGACUGUCAAAUUGGCAACUACAUCGAUGGGCAACACUGUCGUUGUAUUUUAUAUUCCAGUGUUCGAAACCGAGGGUAAAUGGCAGCUCCGACAAACCUCCGUGAAACUAACCGCCUUCCUGGUGUUGAUCUCACUGGUUGGCGUGGUUGUAUUCGCGAUCGCCCUACAGCUAAUGUUUAACGCGCGGGCAGGAUUUGAAACGGAGCAAGAGCGCACGCAGGAGCUAGAACGCCCGGGCAAGAGUGGCCUAGAGGCAGCUGAAGCAGCCGGCGAGUGGGUGCUCGGCGAAGGGAUGGAAGUUGAUGUAGGCGGCAUGGAGGACACGCUCGAAGAAGCCAUUCAAGGCGUCGUCGGAUAAUCUGCUAAUUCGGAAGCGCAGAUGUUUGGACAAUUUGUUGGCGGGAGCAUACGGGGUUUACGGAAUGAAAAUUCUUUGUCUUUUUUAUUCUAUUCUUGUUUUAUCUGUGUUCUCUUGUAGUCCUUUUUUCUUUACCUGUUUGGUGAUAGAUGGCAGUAGUAGUUGUAUGUGGAGUAUGCUUAGUUUUGUAUGAUCAUGGCAUGCCACUCGGUUGGUGCUUUCUCUUGGUACUGAUUUAUGAUGCUGUACUGUACAUGCGGCCCAUGCGAGAUACCUGUUGCGGUAAUGACAACAUGGAUUUAAAUAAAAGAGAUGGUCUGUGUUA